AUGGCUUGUUUAUUAUUCUCCCUGCCUUUCUGCACUAUUCUAACACUUGCCUUUCUUGGAAAGAUUUGUUCAUUGCUCCAUCAACGGUACAAAGACUUCUCACCAAGCCUGGUACAAGGGCUCUUAAAGGUCUUUCUUCCUGGAAAAUCAGGAGAAGACUUGGACGUGGACAGGAACUCAAAGGCUAUGAAGAAGCGAAGCACCUUAAAACUGCUUUUGGAACUUUACUUUGUUGGAGUUACAGAAGACAGCAGUAUUUUCAUUAAUAUUAUUAAGGAUCUUACUAGUGUUGAACACUUAAAGGACAGAGAUACUGCUCAGGCAAAUUUGACUCUCCUUGCUAGUUUUGCUCGACAAGGAAGAGUUUUUCUGGGACUUCCACUAUCUGGACUAGAAAUUCAGGAAGAGUUUUUUAAGGGCGUUAGCAUCACCGCAGAUCAAAAGAAAAUCUUCAAGAAGGCCUUUCAUACAUACUAUGAUGCUGUCUCUGAACUACUUCAGUCAGAGCAUGCAUCACUUCAUCAAAUGGAACAUGAAAAUGCAAAGAUUUUGAAUGCUAAAGGAGAGCUGAAUGAUGAAAAUGUUUCAUCAUAUGAAAAGCUGCGAAAAUCUUACGACCAUUUGUACCGUAAUGUGUCAUCUUUAGCAGAAGCACUUGAUAUGCAACCUCCAUUGAUGCCAGAAGACGGGCAUACUACUAGGGUUACUAGCGGAGAGGAUGCUUCAUCACCUGCUGCAGGAAAAGAUUCUUCUGUCCUUGAAGCUUUGUGGGAUGAUGAAGAUACUAGAGCCUUCUACGAAUGCUUACCAGAUCUCAGAGCAUUUGUUCCAGCAGUAUUAUUGGGAGAGGCCGAGCCAAAAGCAAAUGAGCAUUCUGCGAAGACUCAAGAUCAACCAAGUGAGCUGACACCUGAAUUGGACCAAGGCCAACCCACCCAGGAUAUGGCAGAGGUUUCUGCAGAGUCUGGCACUUUACAGGAGGGAAAAAGUACAGAGAAAGGAAAGGAUAAGGAAGAAAGAGAUAAAGAAAAAGUAAAAGAUCCUGAAAAAGAGAAAGGAAAGGAAAAGGAUGCUGAGAGAAAAGGAGAAAAUGAGAAGGACAAACUCAAAAGUCUCGAAGGGACUAAUUUGGAUGCUUUGUUACAGAGGCUCCCUGGUUGCGUCAGCCGUGACCUAAUUGAUCAAUUGACUGUAGAGUUUUGUUAUUUAAAUUCAAAGUCAAAUCGGAAAAAGCUUGUAAGGGCAUUAUUUAAUGUACCCAGGACAUCUCUGGAACUGCUUCCAUACUACUCACGGAUGGUUGCCACACUCUCAACUUGCAUGAAGGAUGCCUCUUCCAUGCUCUUACAAAUGUUAGAGGAGGAGUUCAAUUUCUUAAUAAACAAAAAGGACCAAAUGAACAUUGAAACAAAGAUCAGGAAUAUUAGAUUUAUUGGAGAGCUCUGCAAGUUCAAAAUUGCACCAGCAACCACUGUUUUUAGUUGCUUGAAGGCUUGUUUAGAUGAUUUCACUCACCAUAACAUUGAUGUUGCUUGCAAUCUACUUGAGACAUGUGGCCGUUUCCUGUAUCGUUCUCCUGAAACUACCGUACGCAUGGCUAAUAUGUUGGAGAUACUUAUGCGCUUGAAAAAUGUAAAAAAUUUGGAUCCUCGGCAUAGCACCCUUGUAGAAAAUGCUUACUAUCUGUGCAAACCACCUGAAAGGUCUGCACGAGUGUCCAAAGUCCGACCUCCUUUGUAUCAGUAUAUCAGAAAAUUACUAUUCUCCGAUCUGGACAAGUCUUCCAUUGAGCAUGUGCUCAGGCAGCUUCGUAAAUUACCAUGGAGCGAAUGUGAAGCAUACCUUUUAAAGUGCUUUAUGAAGGUUCAUAAAGGGAAGUAUAGUCAAAUUCACUUGAUUGCUUCUCUCACUGCUGGCUUGAGCCGUUAUCAUGAUGAAUUUGCAGUGGCGGUUAUUGACGAGGUUUUGGAGGAGAUUAGGCUGGGGCUAGAAUUAAAUGACUAUGGGAUGCAGCAGAGGCGCAUAGCCCAUAUGCGAUUCUUGGGGGAACUAUACAAUUAUGAACAUGUGGAUUCGUCUGUGAUUUUUGACACGCUUUACUUGAUCCUUGUCUUUGGUCAUGAUACUCCAGAGCAAGGCGUGCUAGACCCACCGGAGGAUUGUUUCCGUAUCAGGAUGGUUAUCACUCUUCUGGAGACUUGUGGGCACUACUUUGACCGAGGUUCUUCUAAGAGGAAACUUAAUCGAUUUUUAAUACACUUUCAGAGGUAUAUUCUCAGCAAAGGUGCACUACCGCUCGAUGUUGAAUUUGACUUACAGGACUUAUUUGCUGAACUACGUCCACAUAUGAUACGAUAUUCGUCCAUUGAAGAAGUUAAUGCUGCUCUUACAGAACUUGAGGAAAACGAACGAACUGUCUCUGCUGACAAGGCCAAUAGUGAAAAGCACUCCGACACUGACAAACCAUUGAAUAGGACUGCCUCCAGUAGAAUCUCUGCAAAUGGGCAAAGCACUGUGAAUGGGAAUGAGGAAAAUGGUUUGCAGGAUGAUGUUGGUGGCAGUGACACUGAUUCAGGUAGUGGCACCAUUGACCAGGAUGGAGAAGAAGAGUUAGAUGAAGAUGGGUGUGACACAGAGGAUGAUGAUGAUGAUGGAGGGGGCCUGCUUCUGAUGAGGAUGAUGAAGUCCAUGUCAGACAAAAGGUUGCAGAGGUAG